AUGUCUGCAGAAGGUGACGAAGGAAAACUUCCGCCGGGUGAAGAGUAUGAAGAGAUUCGAGAACAGGAUCGGUAUUUGCCCAUCGCAAACAUUGCGCGAAUCAUGAAAAACACUCUUCCAGAGAAUGCCAAGAUUGCAAAAGACUCGAAAGAAACUGUGCAGGAAUGCGUUUCGGAAUUUAUUUCAUUUAUUACUUCAGAGGCAAGCGAUAAGUGCCUUCAAGAGAAGAGGAAGACAAUCAAUGGGGACGAUCUUUUAUGGGCAAUGUCAACCUUAGGUUUUGAUAAGUAUGUGGAACCCCUCAAGCUAUAUCUUAGCAAGUAUCGCGAAGCGGUAAAAGGCGAAAAACCUGAAAAACCCGGUCGGGUGACUGCCAUGCAAGAAGACUCUUAGAGUCCGUGGAAGCUCUGGAAUCGCUGCUGGUCCUCAUAUUUUUGAAGCCUGCUGAAGUCUGACGUUGGAGUGCCCGCACCCAUGACGACACUUUGGUGAGUAGGCGGUAGAUGUCGAAAGCUGAUGUCAGUUUAAAUGCGCUUGAAAAGUUCAACAUCGGCGGCAUGAAAUCAAGGGAAGAUGGAUACAUUGUCGUUAAAUAAAAACGUUGGUUUUUAUCAUAGCUCUCCUUGAAUAAAUUCUCAAAUGCUUAAGAUUUGCGAUUUUGUGCGUC